UCCGCGAAUACUUUCACGAGAUCUUUCCUCGCGAGAUAUCAUUGUGCGGACACGAAUUGGCGCAAGUAGUCGUCGGUUCGUCGUUGCCGUCGAUGGAACUCCGCGAAAGUCUGCUCGUUGAAUUUUUUUUUUUUUUAACAUAAAAAUCAAUAUAUUUCGGUGCGUUUGAGUUGGAUGCUAUGAAAUUUCGAAAGUGGUUUCUACGUCAGUCAUGACGAACGCGAUGACUGGCACGUGUAAAACUCUUGUGCUGCUAACUUGUCCCUUACUUCCUUACAGCUUGCGUGCAGCAUCCUACGUAAUGGAAAGUAAACGAAAAUUUUAUCAAAGAGACAAGUGUGUGUAACGAGAAAACAUUGUACAAAUCAGUAUGUAUUUUGCUGCAUAGCAUCGAAUGAAUUCACCGAAAUUCAGGGAAGACUAUUUUUGGACUUGCUGCGAGUGCAUGAAACGAAACAAAAUUAAUUGCGACCGGUAACGGUGUCGAGACGCGAAACAUUUUUAUAGUGAAUUUGUAUCUUCUUGGGGAGGAGGAAGGGGGAGGGGAAAGGGUGACAUUAUCAGUCGAGGAUUCGCGCCAAACAUGGAACGGAUUGUGGAAAUAUCUCGGAACAAGAAUCUACCGCCGAAAGAUUGGGGUGACACUAUGGAAAAAAUACAGUAUUGGUAUCCGGAAGGUCAGCAAGGCCAGCAGAGCGAGCAGGAACUGGCGACAAAAAUGCUGCAAAUUCAAAGCAAAAGGUUCUACCUUGAUGUAAAGCAAAACAGACGUGGGAGGUUUAUCAAAGUCGCCGAGAUUGGAGCGGAUGGGAGAAGAAGCCAAAUCUAUCUGGCACUCAGUACAGCAUCCGAAUUUCGGGACCAUUUGUCGACGUUUAGCGAUUUUUACGCAUCUUUAGGUCCACCAAAUCCGGAGAACGUGCCAGACGACGGAAAACUCAAGUCAGAAAUGAUGGUGAAGGAUAACAGGCGAUAUUACUUGGACCUCAAGGAGAAUUCUCGCGGCCGUUUCCUGCGGGUGAGUCACCCUGUGUCGCAGACGAUAACACGGGGAGGUCCCAGAACGCAAAUUGCAAUACCAGCGCAAGGUAUGAUAGAAUUUCGUGACGCGUUAACGGACCUUCUCGAGGAAUUUGGGACGGACGACGGUGGCUUCAAAGGCGAUUUGCCGGAGGGCCGUUAUAUGCGCGUGGAUAGCAAGAAUUUCUAUUUUGAUAUCGGUCAGAACAACCGUGGCAUCUAUAUGAGAAUUUCUGAGGUGAAAACGAACUUCAGGACAGCUAUCACCGUGCCGGAAAAGUCCUGGGCGCGUUUCCGUGAUAUAUUCGCAGAUUAUUGCGAAAAGAUGAAGGAGGGCGGCGGUGGCGUUAGCAGCAGCAGUGGCAGUGGCGGUGGAGGAGGGAAUGUAUUGUCCGAGGGGAAGGGCUCGGUGGUGGCACAGGUUCCAUGGUCGAUUGGCAAAAUGGACAAGGGCCGACAGAACGAUCGACGUGAAUCCCUGAAAAGACGAAGGUCCUUACCGCGCGAGGCGAAAUCAUCCCCUAUCGAUCCUGCCAGCUCCAUUUCUGCUCCCACCACCGCUGCUGUCACCACCACUGCUAUACCAGCAUCCCUGUCCUGCUCCAUAAUGUCCGAGAAAACGGCCUCCAGAACAUCGUCUCGGGAGAACCAAACGAUUUCGCGUAAUUAGAAGUGAUCCGCGUAAUUUAACUCCUCAAAAUUAUAUCGGUUUCUGUCCGGAAAUCAUUCGAGUAGAACCAUUUUCACCUAUGGAUCUUCUACUUAUGUAACAAUGUGCAAAAUUCGAAUUAUUUCUAACGCAAAAAACAGCGGUGGAUUAUAUAUCGAUCUGUCAAUCUCACAAAGUUCUUUUGCAUGCACCACCGUAAUUAUAUAUCGAUAAUUUUAACCUACUUUAGAUUCUGUUCGAUUACAAUCAUCCUCGUCCUUAUAGAAAAACAUGCCGUUUGUAAGAAUUAUUUUAAUAAUUACGUGAAGUUUCGGGAAAUGUAAAUCAUUGCUUUAUUAAUCAAUUAAAGAGUAAUCGUCCUACAAUUCAUUUAAAUAAGAUGCACAUGCAUGCGCAGGAAUUUGCAUAAAUUGCACCGGAAACACGUGUAAUUUUGAAAUGCCACCUAUAAUGGACAUUUUUUAUUCAUGAAAUGUGCGCAAUUUUCGAAUAUGAGAGACAACUAAUUGAAAAAAUCGCGCUUACAACAAUUGAGGACUAUAAUAGCAAAAUUGAUAAUAAAUUCUCGUGAGAAUCUUUGAAAAAUAUUGUAAGCGCUAAAUUUUAGAUAUAAUAUCUUAACAUAAAAGCAUUGUUUGAUAUAUAAAAGGACAUUUAAAAAGAUUUUUAUGAUAAGAGUAAUAAUUUAUCUAUAUUUAAAUAUUGCCUAACGCAAAAGUAUUGUCUAGUAUAUUAGUACGUCACUACAUUUUUAUUUUAUGAGUUUAGAGUUCAAAUAAUUUCUCAGAAAACUCUUCCAUUAAAAAAAAAAAAAUAAGAUUUUGCGUGUAUGUGUGUGUAUGUAUGCGCGCGAGUAUGAAUCCCUAUAAUUAGGUUCAUCAAUUUACCAGUACUAGUUGAUGAAAAAAUUGCUUUAUUUCUAUAGAUAUUUUGAAAUUGUUAAUUACAUUAGUUCAUAUGACGGAUAUGAUUUUCUUUGAUUUGUAAAGUGAUGCUCAUAGUUCAACAAGUUUGCAUUUACGAUUUAUGCGUUAUGAUCUGUUAUCAUUUAAUUCAUUUGAAAUAUAAGGGCGAUUUAUAGUUGCCCAUCAAAAGACAUUAACUUUCUUUCUUUUCAAAAUAUUUAUUUCGAGAUAUUACUUACAAUACAUCAGUUGUUCAAUUUAACACGUUCCACAUAAAGUAAAUAUAAGACACAUUUUAGAAAUGUAAAUGAGGAUUUAAAAUAAUUUACGGCUUUAAGGACUCGGAAUACCGACUUUCAUUAUCUUCAAAUGCAUUCCAGCAUACAUGUUCUGGAUGAUGAAUAAAUAAAAAUCUGUCUUUUUGA